AUGAGAGAUUUGUUAAGAACUUGGACUACAAUUUUUACGGUAGUAUUUUUUCAAGCUUUUGUAAGAGCAGAACAAUAUUUGACUUAUACAUGGUUAGAUGACGACAAAAACAUGUUAAUGAUAGGCAUCCCUGAGUAUGUUCAGAAGAGAGACACUGGCAACGUGCCUUUCGAUGCAAACUUGUCAAUGACUAUAAGUAAUGAGAUCAUCAUUAAUUUGAAUGGUGUAGAAAAUCUAUACUAUGCAGUGAAUCCUACAAUCAAGAAAGAGGAUGUACUGGAAUCGGAUUUGACAGAUUUCUUUAAAAAUGAAGUGGCGGUUUCAUUAGGUAUUAGUCAUUUAGUGACUAACGAUACUGAAGCGGUAUUGAAGAAACAAUGGUUCGGUGUGUGA